AUGUUGAAGCGUUCACGUGACUUGUUGUGAGGAAGCCGGAAGUUAGUAGUUGAACUGAAUGUACCUCUACAAUGGCGAAGUUUGGAGUUUUAUUAGUGUUUUCUUUAUUAUGUACCUGCAGGGGACAAGUGCCUUUAAUCAUGUGGAGCAGCGAUGGGUACACCUUGCCACCCCUGGAUGUACCAACAGCCGGUGAGAUUGUCUCAGGUGCGAAGUUGGCAUCCUAUCUAAAAUCAACCUUGACAACUUCGCCACACAACCUGCUGCUGUUUUUACAAGACAAGUUGAGCAUCGAUGAUUUCACAGCAUAUGGUGGUGUGUACGGAAACAGGGGCGAAAGUGUGUUCACAAACUUGGAGUCUGCAUUGCAGGCAUCCAGUCCGUUUGUGCUGCCAGCUCUGGCCUGGACAGCAUCCGUCUCUGUGGAGAAAAUCUUCCAACAGGAGCUUGGAGUUCCUGCGUUCACCAUUGCUCCGUCAGAAUUAGGCCAGCUCCAGCUGAACACAGCACAGCCUUCUCUACUCGUCAUCAGGCUCCCAUACCUCACUGGUUCCCGAACUAAAGAGAUUCUUAGAAAAAAUGAUGAGACAAUUGGGAAUGUCCUGACAACACUGAAAGCUCAGAGCGUGCCUUACACUGCUGUUUACACCGGCCUGAGCCCGUCUCAUGUGACUGAGGACACGUCCAUGGCUUGGGAUUCAGCAGGACGAUCGCUGCUGCAGGCUCCAACGGGACCAAUAGUGAAACCUCCAUUGACUUUUAACAAUCUCGAUGGAAAGCCUUGUAUUCUGCUCUGGGCCGAUGAACUAAACGUCAGCAGUAACGGGGUGUCUUUUUUGGACUUGGGUCCUCUAACUUUCAAUGGUUCGGUCUCCCUGAAUGGUUCUUUCUGUAACGAAACUUUUUCAAAGCUUGUCCUGAAUUACAACAAUCUCUCAAAUAUCCUGCAUGUCCAAAAUCUCCAGCUUGUCUUCUUGAUGAACAAGAUCUUCUUUCCGGUGUCGGCUCGUAACUGGACGGUCAUGCAGGAGGUGCAGCUGAUUUAUGACGGCAAGACGGCCAUCUUCAACGCCAGCCGUGGAAUUUAUUCUCCUGCUGAGUAUUCCUUCCACUGCCAGAACGUGAACAGUUUUAAUAGCCCCCUACUGGUGCCACGUGACCCGAACAAUCCAUGGAAAGUUGUCUUCACUGACUUCCAGAUCCAGGGCUUUAACGUGACUGGAAAUUUCUCGUACGCCAGCGACUGUGCCAGCUUCUUCACCCCGGGAAUCUGGAUGGGGCUGCUCACGUCUUUGCUCAUGGUUUUGAUCCUGACCUACGGCCUGCACAUGAUUAUGCAGCUGCGCACCAUGGACCGCUUUGACGAUCCUAAAGGCCCGAGCAUUUCAGUGCCUCAGACAGAGUAAUUCAAAGCCAAAGUAUGCCUUAAUUUUUUUGUUUCAUUUUUACCCUGUUUUGAAACUCAUUCCAGAAGUUGUAGAGCUCGCUCGCUCACUAUGCAAGGUGUUUAUUGUCCUGUAGUCAGCACUCCAGCCUUGUGCUGUUUUUGGUACAGAAUCAGAUUAUGGUAGUUCUUACACUUUUCUUUCACCAUUUGUUUCACAUAGGUGCAAUUUCCCUUCUGAUUUAAUGUUUCCUGACGCCACAGUACUUCUCGUUAAGUAUUCUUUGCACUUCUAGUAGACUGUUUUUUGUUUUUUUUAUUCAGCUGUGUUCUUAAUAAUGUUAGAUUGCCAUGCUGAAAUUGAAUGUCUCAUACAUUGCAAAUAUUUAUUUCAUACAGAUGUAGUACUUACAAAUAUGUCAUGUGCCAAAAAGCUAUCUUUUGGUAAAUGCUACUGGAGUGUCUUUUUUAUUACCAAAAACAAAAGCCUGUGGUUUAGGCAUUAAUAUCUAUACUGUACUAUAGUGCUAAUUCUUCCCUAAAACUUACCUUUUCACACAACAUCCCCAAGGUACAGCUAAGUGAAUAUGACAAUUAAAUGCUAGGAUUGGAUUUGCGUUAAGGUGCUGCCCAAAAUACUUAAUUGCUAAUAAAGGAAAUAAUUUUUAUUUACUUAAAGAACACAUCAUCCUUUUUUUUUUUUUACCAGCUCGUAGUUAUGCAAAAUGAUAAUAAGACAAAAAAGAAAUGUUCCAAAAAAAAAAACCAAGCAAAUACAAUGUCCUCCAUCCUGAAAACUUUACCUAAUCAGAAAGUUUAUAGCUUAUUGUUGCCCUCUGAUACCCAACACUGACACUGGAGACUCCUUCCCGAAGUGCAAAAUACAUAUUAUUUAUUUUGCAAGUCCCUGUGUAGCUUGUUUAGUAUAGAAGUGAUAUUAAACAAUCUACAACCUAUAAUGUAUGACAACUGUGAUGGAUGGCACCCAGUCCAGGGUGUACGCCACUUCUUCCUCAAGCCCCCCUGUGAUAAGCUUCAUGCUUCCUGUGAUGCUGUACAGGCUAAACGGUAUAGAGUAAGUGAGAAUGUAUGACAAGUGCGUUAAUACAAACGUGAUCUUCCUUGCAGCUGACACUGCUGUCAAUGCUACUGUUAUAGAAAGUUAAUCAACACUGAACAGUCAGAUUAAAGAAGCCAUCAAUGCUGUAAUCUGCAACAGUUAACAGGAAACUGAAUUUAAAUGCGAUGAUUUAAGGUAGCGCUCUUUGUCUCUGCGUGACGUUGAAAAAGGAUGUGAUCCAUAUAAGCAGCCUUUUUAGGCAUUGUUCAGGGUCUCAAAAAUCCUCUCACAGUCCUAAUUUGAGGUAAUCACGUGUUCAUUGUAGUUUAAAUGCAGCUGAGAAUAGAACUGUUGCCUAAAAUGUUUAAAAGUAUUUUAUUUUACUUUUAAAAUGUUGUCCAUUUUCAAGUUUUUAGUAAAUAUUUAAAUUGUAAAAACAUGAACAUUUACCGUCUAGAAAUGAAUUUGAUUUUCUAAUUAAUACAACAUAUCUUUGUGAUUAUUAUUACUUUUUUAAAUUCAUAUUAUUGUAACUCCAGAGGGCGCUGCCUGUGUCAUCACAUCUGUUUCAUAUUUGCUGGAUAUAUAAUGUAAAAAGCACAUAGCAAUAAAUUAAAGGUUAUAUGUAUAUUUGUGCAACUUAAAGUGCUACCAUUAUAUGAACCUGGACAAAAGAACUAUUUUGAUGAUGAAAUACAUUUAUUUAUCAAUGAAUGUUAUCUUGUUUGACAUAAAUAUGGGGAAAAAACUUAUAUCUUGUAUACCAUAUGAUUUCUGUGUCUCAAAUACACUGCCUGGCCCAAAUAAAUGUUGCCAUUUCCGAAGAGGAAA